AUGAGUAUUUUACGAUAUCGACAAGUUCCUCGUCAAGAAAUUCUACCAAACGACGACAAGUCAGAGCAAGAUUACUAUCAAAACAAUGGCAAUGAAAAUUAUGAAUCAUUUAUUGCAAGUUCUUCAUCAACUAUUUUUUCAUCACUAAAUACUGAAAAUUCAUAUGACCAUGCCAAACCGGUUGACCAGAAAGUGGUGAAAAAUCAUUUUAGUAAUAUGCCAUCACCGACCACAUUGGUCAUUGCUCUUGUCGUAGUUUUGGCAAUAUCUAUUGGUUUGGCUUGUUGUAUACGUCAAACGUGUAAAAGUUGCUGUAAAAGAAAAUCAAAGGGUGGCGGCAAAGGUAUCAGCUUAAAAGGGCUAAAGAAAUUUGGAUUCAAAAAAUCUAAGGUUCAACCCGACGUUGAACAAUUAACUCAAAAUAUGGAUAAUGAUGAUUCUGAUUCAAAAAAAAGUGAAUCUCAAUAUUUAGGAAAGCUAGAAUAUUCACUUGAUUAUGAUUUUCAAAGACAAGAACUCAAAGUUGAAGUUGUUCAAGCACAAGAAUUAGCAGCUUUGGACAUGAAUGGAUUAUCUGAUCCAUAUGUUAAAGUAUAUUUAUUACCGGAUAAGAAGAAAAAAUUUGAAACAAAAGUGCAUCGAAGAACAUUAAAUCCUGUUUUUAAUGAAACCUUUGUAUUUAAGGAUUUGCUUUAUAGUGAAAUAAGUGGUAAAACACUCGUGUUAUCAGUCAUUGAUCAUGACCGUUUUUCACGGCAUGAUGCCAUUGGUGAAGUCCAAAUUCCAUUGAAUGCAGUAGAUCUAGGAAAAGUUGUAAGAGACAUAAAAGAACUGAUACCAUCAUCCAGUGAUCGAGAUAUUGAGAAUCAAUAUGGUGACAUUUGUUUUUCACUUCGAUAUGUGCCAACAGCUGGAAAAUUGACAGUUACUAUACUUGAAGCUAAAAAUCUACGGAAGAUGGAUGUUGCUGGACUUUCAGAUCCAUAUGUAAAAUUAGCAUUAAUGAUGGAUGGAAAACGUAAGAAAAAGAAGAAAACGUCCAUUAAAAAAUGCACAUUGAACCCAUACUAUAAUGAAUCAUUUACAUUCGAUAUCACCUUUGAAGAAGUUCAGAAAGUACAAUUAGUACUCAAUGUUAUUGAUUAUGAUCGUAUUGGAACGUCUGAACCUAUUGGAAAAGUUACUUUAGGUUGUCGCUCAACUGGUUCUGAAUUACGUCAUUGGUCUGAUAUGCUUGCCUCACCUCGAAGACCUAUAGCUCAGUGGCAUGCACUUAAAGAUCCCGAAUUUAAAUAG